UCUCAAAGCUCUGUCUCAGGGGAAGCAUGGCGAAUAAUGCCUCUCCUGAGCAGGAUCAAGAUCACUGCUCCGCAGCCAACCACAGCGUCCCGCUGAUGCAGGGCAACCUCCCCACGCUGACCUUGUCUGGAAAGAUCCGAGUUAUGGUUACUUUCUUCCUUUUUCUGCUCUCCACAACCUUUAAUGCUUCUUUCCUGUUGAAACUUCAGAAGUGGACUCAGAAGAAAGAGAAAGGGAAAAAGCUCUCGAGAAUGAAGGUGCUUUUGAAACAUCUCACCCUAGCCAACCUGUUGGAGACUCUGAUAGUCAUGCCCCUGGACGGGAUGUGGAACAUCACAGUCCAGUGGUACGCUGGAGAGUUCCUCUGCAAAGCCCUCAGCUACCUGAAGCUUUUCUCCAUGUACGCCCCGGCCUUCAUGAUGGUGGUCAUCAGCCUGGACCGCUCCCUGGCCAUCACGAGGCCCCUAGCUGUGAAAAGCAACAGCAAGCUCGGACAGUCCAUGAUUGGCCUGGCCUGGAUCCUCAGCAGUGUCUUCGCUGGACCACAGUUAUACAUCUUUAGGAUGAUCCAUCUAGCAGACAGCACUGGACAGACAGAAGUUUUCUCUCAAUGUGUAACACUCUGCAGUUUUCCACAAUGGUGGCAUCAAGCCUUUUAUAACUUUUUCACCUUUGGCUUCCUCUUCAUCAUCCCUCUUCUCAUCAUGCUGAUCUGCAAUGCAAAAAUCAUCUUCACCCUGACACGAGUCCUUCAUCAGGACCCCCACAAACUACAAUUGAAUCAAUCCAAGAACAAUAUACCAAGAGCACGGCUGAGGACCCUAAAGAUGACAGUUGCUUUUGCCACUUCAUUUACUGUCUGCUGGACUCCCUAUUAUGUCCUAGGAAUUUGGUAUUGGUUUGAUCCUGAAAUGGUAAACAGGGUGUCAGAUCCAGUAAAUCACUUCUUCUUUCUCUUUGCUUUUUUAAACCCAUGCUUUGAUCCGCUUAUAUAUGGAUAUUUCUCUCUGUAAUUGAUAGGCUACACAAGAAGUCGAGUAAAGAAGGUCAGGUAAUGAAUUUCUCCAUUUGAGAAUGACAAACACAAAGCCUUCAGCUAUUUAUGGACAAAGCAAGAUUUAAGCUGAAGUUACAACUCUU